UUGUACAAAACAAAAAGGAGGAGGUGCAACAUUAUAUAAUCUGAAAUUAUAUCAUAUACUUAUAUGUUACAUAUCUUUCCAAGUUUUUUGUAAAUCCGACAAAAUAGCGUCCAAAAUGCAAGGCGUGAGCGCUCCUCGGGAGUCUGCUCCUGUUUUAAGUACGAGUUCCACUAUACUCAAUAUGAGAGAAAAAGAGAAAUACAUCGAAGAAUUUGAUUUCCCAUUUUGUGACGAAUCUUCUAAAUACGAAAAAGUUGCUAAAAUUGGACAAGGAACAUUCGGAGAAGUUUUCAAAGCACGAGCCAGGAACAGUAAUAAAAAAUUUGUGGCCAUGAAAAAAGUGUUGAUGGACAACGAAAAGGAAGGAUUUCCUAUAACAGCCCUUCGUGAGAUUAAAAUCUUACAACUACUUAAACAUGAUAAUGUCGUUAAUCUCAUAGAAAUAUGUAGAACAAAAGCCACUCUUCACAAUAAAUAUAGAUCUACAUUCUAUUUAGUAUUUGACUUUUGUGAGCAUGACUUAGCCGGUCUCCUGUCUAAUGUUAAUGUAAAGUUUAGCUUAGGGGAAAUUAAAAAGGUCAUGCAGCAGUUGCUGAAUGGACUUUACUACAUACAUAGCAAUAAAAUAUUGCAUAGAGAUAUGAAAGCUGCCAAUGUACUUAUUACAAAAAAUGGAAUUUUAAAAUUGGCAGAUUUUGGUCUGGCAAGGGCAUUCAGCAUUGCGAAGUCUGGACAAGCCAAUAAAUAUACAAACAGAGUUGUGACAUUGUGGUACAGGCCUCCUGAAUUGUUGUUAGGUGACCGCAACUAUGGCCCUCCAGUGGACAUGUGGGGUGCUGGUUGUAUUAUGGCUGAAAUGUGGACUCGAUCACCUAUUAUGCAGGGUCCCACGGAACAGCAACAGCUCAUAUUAAUAUCUCAGCUGUGUGGAUCAUGUACACCGGACGUUUGGCCCGGAGUUGAGAACUUAGAUCUCUACAAUAAAAUGGAGCUACCUAAAGGGCAGAAGAGAAAAGUUAAGGAAAGACUGAAACCUUACGUCAAGGAUCCCUAUGGAUGUGAUUUACUGGACAAAUUGUUACAAUUGGACCCUGCUAAAAGGUAUGAUGCCGACACGGCUUUGAAUCAUGAUUUCUUCUGGAUGGAUCCAAUGCCAUGUGAUCUUGCGAACAUGUUGGCGCAGCACACGCAGAGUAUGUUUGAGUAUUUGGCACCACCGCGCAGGCCGGGCCACCUGAGACACCACCACCACGUGCCAGGAGCUCAGCCUAAACCCGCCCAGCCACCUCAGGACUCGGGCUAUCAGGAUAGAGUCUUUUAGGUCCGCAUAAUAGCAUUUCUAAAAUGUUCCACAUAGUAAUGCUGAGCAAAAGCAAAAGACCAAGUGGUCGCUAUCUAUUCAUUAUGUGACGUUUUAACAACUAUUUAACAACUCACAUACCGGGUUUGUUUUUGAUUUCAUAUUAAGUAUACUGCUACUUGCUGCUAAGAAGAACUUAAUAUUAUGUACUUUCUUUAAAAAUAAAAACAUAGCUUACAUGUCGGAUUACGUA